AUGCAUACCCUAUAUCGAACCAUACUCGGUUCGUUGACCCUCCUGCACCUACUCUGGACAGCAAGCGCAGCCAAGGAAGACCUCCACUAUGUCAACCCCCUCAUUGGCACGGACAACGGCGGCAAUGUCUUCGCAGGAGCAAGUUUGCCCUACGGCCUCGCCAAGCCCGUCGCCGACGUAGCAGGCCAAAACACAGGCGGCUUCUCGACCGAUGGCAGUAGAGUCACCGGAUUCUCACAUAUGCAUGACAGUGGCACGGGCGGCAACCCCUCACUGGGCAAUUUCCCCUUGUUCCCGCAGUACUGCGCGGACAAUGUCGUGGAUAACUGCAAGUUCCCCAUCACCGCACGCGCAGUGUAUCACAAUAACCAUACCGUGGUGUCGCGGCCGGGGUAUUUUGCGUUGACCCUUGAGAAUGGAAUCCACGCCGAGAUGACCGCGGCCCAUCGCGCGGCGUUGUAUCGGUUUACCUUUCCCGCUAAGUGCGCAGGCAAUGGCGAUGCUCUUAACCCGCUGAUACUGCUGGACUUGACGGAUCUGUGGGAGAGUCGUCAGAAUGCGUCUAUUGCCAUCGACCCGCACACGGGCCGGAUCAAGGGGAACGGCACGUUUCUGCCCAGUUUCGGGGCGGGUUAUUACAUGUCGUACUUUUGCGCCGACUUCGCAGGCGCGAAGGUGCGUGACAGUGGCAUCUGGGUGAACGAUCGGGCGGGCUCAGAGCCAAAAGAGCUGUUUGUUACGCGAGGAUUCAACAAUUUCUAUCUCCAAGCUGGAGGGUGGGUUACUUUUGAUUCUCCCGAUAGCGGAGAGGUGACUGCGCGCGUAGGCAUCAGUUAUAUUAGCUCCGAUCAAGCAUGCGCGAAUGCCGAGUCUGAAAUCCCCAGCCCGCUUGACGACUUUGAGCGGCUGCGCACAGAGGCCGAAGAGGCAUGGGCGGAGAAGCUGAGCCCGAUCAAGGUUACCCCUGGAGGUGUUAGCAGUUCCCUGCUCACCAGUUUCUGGAGUGGGAUCUAUCGAGCCAUGCUCUCUCCGCAAGACAUGACGGGUGAGAACCCGCUGUGGCAGAGUAGCGAACCAUACUAUGACUCCUUUUAUUGCAUCUGGGACCAGUUCAGAGCCCAGAUGCCCUUCCUCGCGAUUCUGGACCCUUCUGCGCUGUCGCGGAUGGUCCGCAGCUUGCUUGAUACCUACGAGCAUGAAGGAUGGCUUCCUGACUGCCGCAUGAGUCUCUGCAAGGGCUGGACGCAGGGCGGGUCCAACGCGGACGUGGUUCUCGCGGAUGCAUUUAUCAAGAAUAUUACGGGUAUUGACUGGGAUCUGGCAUACAAGGCAAUGGUCAAUGAUGCCGAGAACGAGCCACUGGAGUGGGAAUACGAAGGGCGAGGAGGGCUUCAGAGCUGGAAACGGGUCAAUUACAUCCCCUACCUAGAUUUCGACUAUCUCGGCUUUGGCACCAAUUCGCGCAGUAUCUCGCGCACUCUAGAGUACGCGUACAAUGACUACAGCCUGUCUGUGUUGGGCCGUGGAAUCGGGAAAAGGGAGUAUACCAAGUAUCUGUCGCGGUCGAAUAACUGGCAGAACCUUUUCAAAGAGGACCAGACAUCGUACCUGGAAAACGGCACGGACACGGGCUUUGUGGGAUUCUUUCAGCCCAAGUAUCUCAAUGGUACUUGGGGCUAUCAGGAUCCAAUUGCGUGCAGUGCGCUGGCUUCCUGGUGCUCGCUGACCUCUAACCCGUCGGAGACAUUCGAGUCCAGUGUGUGGGAGUAUCUUUUCUACGUCCCCCACGACAUGGCAACAUUGAUCAAGCUCCUCGGUGGCCCAGAAUCAUUCGUCUCCCGACUAGACUACUUCCACACCUCCGGACUCGCCGACAUCAGCAACGAACCCGUCUUCCUCACAGUCUACGAGUACCACUAUGCGGGCCGACCGGGUCUCUCCGCAGCCCGCGCGCACACCUACAUCCCGUCCUCCUUCAAUGCGUCCGAAACCGGCCUACCAGGCAACGACGACUCCGGUGCAAUGGGCACCUUCCUGGCCUGGAGCAUGUUGGGUCUCUUUCCAAACCCAGGCCAGAAUGUUUACCUGAUCAUCCCGCCCUUCUUUGAGGCGGUCGAGAUCACACAUCCGGAGACGAAUAACACAGCUACGAUUCGGAAUGUCAAUUUCGAUAGCUCGUAUCGUAAUAUUUACAUUCAGAAUGCUACGCUGAAUGGCAGACCCUAUACCAAGAGCUGGAUCGGGCAUGAGUUUUUCACUCAGGGUAUGACCCUCGAGCUCACCCUCGGCGAGACGGAGAGUGAUUGGGGCUCACGCAAGGAGGACCUGCCGCCGAGUUUGAGCGAUGCGGUGGCCGGGAUGGGUGUACAUUGGGUAUAG